GGUAGUGACGCGGCCAGCAUUUGGGGUAGACAUUAGAAACGACAAGGAACGCAAAAUUACCGACACAGCAUUUAGGCAGGCUCCUUCCUGAGAAGGCGGUUUGUAACUGUUGCACUGUAACAACGUAAGAUGCCACCAUGAGGUUUUGCCGUAUACUGGCAUGGAAACGCAAUGAACACCGAUCCGUGUCACAAAUACUGUCAGUCAUACAGAUGAAAGCCGAUAGCAUCACACUGCAUGAGGAACCGUCAAGUUUACACUCGGGGUUGGGAUGUUAAAAGCGGGCGUCAGAAGCUCAGCAUGGAAAGUGGAAAGUCGGUAAGGGAAUUAGGCGACUGAUAUUGCACUCCCAUCCCUGCACGGCAGUCCCGUCCCGAAUGGAGAACAAUCACUGCAAGAUUUGUAGAGGUACAGUUUGUUCCAAGGCACGAAACAAGAACCUCUAUCCUCCAGGCUCGGGGAUCAAUCGCCGCACACUUUACCGGUCUCCUCAGUCACAAGAGCCUGAUCCUAUGUUCACAGUGUCGUAUGAAAGGCAACAGGCCCAAGACCGGGAAACCAUACGGGCAAUGCUCACCGGGAGGACUUUACCUGUUGCCCAACACGCCCGGAGUCGUGGUGGUGCAGCGCCAACUGGGUCCCGGGCAUCGAUGACACACUCAUACCAGCUGGCCGCUGCCACGGAAGGAUGUCCAACUGGCCUGAUGGCCGUCCCCGCUUCUCGGGGGCCUGUACCAUCCCACCUCCCCUGGUCCCUAGGACGCACCCGCAAGCCCCAUCCAUCCUCCGCUCGCGCUCAACCGGAAGCACCUACUACACACGCUACUGGGGUAUUAUCCAACCGAAAAGUACGCCUACUAUUCCCCCCCCCCCCUUUUUUUUUUUCCACUUCAUUGACUUUCUAUUCCAGGGAGCAACAAAGAUGACAAGCGAUGAUAUUGGUGUCAUCCUGGUCACGAAAACAUCGAUGCCAGCUAUCUCUGAGUCUACAGCACCCGUAUACUGGGAUAUGAACCUCUUUUCAUCGCUGCUCAAUCCUCAACCAUCUCCCAGCCUUUACUCAAUCCACUAGAAGUGGCGUCAUUUUUCACUGUAUUUUUACCAUAAAAAGAUUUAUUAGUUAAAAAUGGCCACGUUUUUUAACCAAUCAAAAACAUGGAAAUGAGCUGAACUUGGGCUCGGCACCACUCUUUGCCGCUCCCCCUCGGCUCUUUUAAUUUUACGCGUGGUUCACCUGAUAGCAGCCCGAAGCAAAGCUUGGGCGAGCUUGAGUGGCUUGAUUGCAAGCAUGCAGCGUCAAUGGUGACGGCUACCUAAACAGCAGGUGGAAACGAGGAGGAUGGGGAAAUCUUG